GAAGUCGAAAAAUAUCAAAGAGGACGACCAUCAAUACACUGAAAAGUCGGCAAAGUCACCAUGGUGAUAGAGGGAGGUGGCAGACCCUCCACAGGGAUGACCUCCAAGGAGUUGUGUGAAAAUGACGACCUUGCCACCUCUGUCACAAUUGACCCCUAUUUAGGGUUAAUGACCCAUAAAAUGAAUAUCAGACACCGUCCAGUGAAGCAGAAAGUGCAGGAAGAGGUCAAGCAGUACAUGACAGGCUUUGUGAAGGACAAUGUGUAUGACACGGCACUCAAUGAAAUCUUCAGUACAGAACCAGUUCAGGCUUUUAUACAAAACAAAAGCAAAUCCCAACAGACUGUGCUGAGGGAGCAUAUGUGCAGGUACCUUCGAAUGUUUGAUCGCAGAGCAGGAUUUAACCUUCAUCCUUGUUACAGAUACUCAAUGGAGGGAAGAGUAGGGGCCAAAAUUUGCGCCACAAAGCAUUGGUAUAAGAAUGACAAAAUCCCAAUGCUGGUGGGCUGUAUAGCGGAACUCUCCAAAGAGGAGGAAGAUAAAGUCCUCAAACCAGGGGUCAACGACUUCAGUGUCAUGUACUCAUGUCGCAAAAACUGUGCCCAGUUAUGGUUAGGACCAGCCAGCUUUAUAAACCAUGACUGUAGGGCUAAUUGUCGGUUUGUGUCCACUGGACGAGACACUGCAUGUGUUAAAGUCCUGCGUGACAUAGACCCCGGGGAAGAGAUCACCUGCUUCUAUGGGGAGGACUUCUUUGGGGAGAACAACUGUCUAUGUGAAUGUGAAACUUGUGAAAGGAGGAAGAUGGGAGCUUUUAAACCUGAAGAAUCAUCAUCAAUGAAUGCGGAGGAGAAAGGUUACAGGUUACGGGACACGGACGACAGACUGACCAGGCUAAAAGUCGAUUCAGAAAAGUCUCAACCAGUAGCAGAGAUGUUAGGGGCAGCUCAAUAUGGCAAUGAGAACUGGAAUAUCAGAGACGACAACCUGAAGAAACAGUCCCAUCUCCUGAAAAAAGCGGAGCUCAAGAAAAGGGGAAUCACACGCUACGAUGCUGAAAUUCUUCUGUCUCAGGGUCUAAAAUUACCUGAUCCCAAAGAGUUGGAGGACAAACCGCAUCAUACCAGGGGCUGUCAGUCAGCCACAGGGGCUAAAGUGAAUAGGAAAAAGUAUUACAAUAAACGUGGAAAAAACGGCAGAUUUCAGAUAAAGAAAGAAUCUCAUCCAAAAAUUUCUGAACACGACACUCACCCUGUAGCAGCUAAAAUCAAGUCUCCCAACAAAAGAAUGAGUUUCACGUUUGAUGAUUCACGAGACUGUAGUGUUGAAAGGACGUCAUCACCAAUCAAAAACGAGAAAGUGAGUAGUGUGUCUGCGGGUAUCGUACCCCGUUCUAGUCCAAGGUUGCGCAGAAUGUGCCAAAGUGUGACAAUUGGUGAAGUGGCUUGUUCAGAUAUUACAAACACUGAACCACCGCCGUGUGUGAAGACAGAACCAGUGAGUACGAUUCGUAUGAGUCCCAGGGUCCGGUCUGUUCACACAGAACGUGAGGACUCCUGUCCAAGUUUGUCCCCUCAGGAACCACACUGUGAUAGUCUAGAGAACUCUUUCAGUCAGCCUCCCCAUUUAUCAGAACUCCAUGUCACCACAGUGCCACACCAACACUCCUCUCACCAUGGCAUGUCACCACGACUUCGUCGCACCAGUGUAACUGGGUCUGACACCUGUCAAUCACCGCAUCAUUUCUCUGACAUAUCAGGAUUAAAAUCCUCAACCACCCAAGUCCAGUUGAGUCCCAGGGUUCGAAACUUAAGUGGUGUCAAUGGCAUAAGACAGAGUCCAAGAUUACAAGAACGCUCAAAUUCUUUGGUGGAAAGUGUUAAAUCGGCAGCCGUGAAGUGUUUGGACAAGCAGUUUCUUAGAGACUGCCAGAAAGAGGACUGUGAAAUCGAUGUAGUGGGAAUCGACCAGGAGUCAGGGUUAAACUCAGCAGAGCCAUUCAAUGGCUUUAACAAACUCAUGUGGGGUUCCAUUCUGAAAUCUGGGUCGGCCACAUCUUCCUGUCAAGGAAAGACCAACCAGUAUGAGGAACAAAAUAAUAACAGUCAAAUUUAUCGUUCGCAUUCGGACCAUUGUCUAGAAAAGAAAAGGCCAAAAGAGCACCAUAGGAAUCGUAAACGCAAACUCUCGUACUCCGUCACUCCAUCGUUUGAAGACUGCGACGAGACCUCGCCGGUCAAAAAGGUCCCAAAGUUAAUUUUCAGGAAGAACAAAGGGCAGGAGGAAGAGUUAUUGUUCCUAGAGCUAGAGGACAAGGCGAGAAGAAAUGUCGGUGAACAUUCGAACCCAGUGAAACCUCCUUUUCCAAAGAAAUUAAAACUCAAAUUAGGAAAUGAUAUGACAGAAAUAAAUCUACCUCAGUGAUUUCUUGUUUUGUCUAAAAUUUAGGUUUCAUAUUCUAAUUUACUAUCAAAGCACAUUAAAUUUCAAUCUUGUUCCAUUUUAAAUUAAAGUUGACCCAUUUUGCUACUUUAAAUUAAAUUGUCCUUGUUAAGUGAUCUCAUUUUUAAAUUUUGCCCAAUUAGUACAUGUACAUUUUUACUUCAAUGUACAUGUAUUUAAAAGGGCAGUAGUAAAUUGAUUUUGUUCCAGUAUGCAGUAUUUCGAUUUGUUUUAUAUUAUAUGCUUUUUCCAAACAAAACAAUCAAUUCUAUGCAGGGUUAUAUUCAUUUUUAACUUAUUUUUAUCCACAUAUAAAAUAUUCUUAAUAUACUCUAACCAUUUGAAGGGAUUGUGUUUAAUUCUGAAAAAUUAGAAAUUGCAUGUUUCUUUUUUGACAGAAGGAAUUUGGUAUUGUUUAAUUAGAACAUGAAAUGAGAUCAUAAUUUAAAUUAUCAAAUGUAUUAAUGUAGAGUCUAAUCAAUGUGUGUAACCAAAACCCAUCUGAUAAAAUAUUUCGAAAAUCAUUUAUUUUAAAUUUACUCAGGUCUUACAUCUUUAACAGAUUUUUAAUAGAGGUAAUGAAUUACGACCAUUUUCUAUCAAUUUUUUUUUUCGCUAUAUUUCUACUGAAAAGUCAUGUAUUUGAAAAAAAAAAGUUUUGUAUAACUGCUGUGUAUUCUGUUCACAAUGAUAAUGUAGGGCAGUCAUAUUUGCUGUAUUUUUCAGCAAAUUAUGUUGAUAUCUUUCUAUGACGUAAUAAACAGCUUUGAUGCAUGCAUGUACUACAUGUAUACACCUGAAACAGUUUUUGGGGGAUAAAAAUUAUUUGUGGAAAAAUAACCAUAUGAUGAAUUCAUUAUAAUAAUUACCUCGAACAACUGACUUAAUUUUUUUUCAAAUAUUUUUUUAAAAUGAAAAAUUCAAUGAUUUUAAAGGAUUUUUUGAAACUUUGUUUCUGUAGCCUAAAAUGUAUUAAAAUUCCUAAUUGGAAGAUUUUCCUAGAGGUAUUCAGUUUCUGUGAAAAAAAAUAUAAGAUGAGAGGUAAAAAAGCUCCUUUAGGAUUAAUAAAUAUGCAUGCAUAAAACAGUUUCAUUUAUUCUGUAUUUUAACAAUUUACUAUUAAAGUGGCAGAUUUUGUGUUUUACUGUCACUUAGUGAUUUAUAAGUUAAAUGUUAAUUAGAAGCGUGAUAAUUGUUAACAGUAUUUGUUGAGAUUUGCUGUUGUAUUACUGUUACAUUUUUCAUCUUUGUGUUUGUUUUCUGAUACAUUUAUUAUUUACUGUUCAAUUAUUCAUUUACUAAUUUAUGAUCGAGCAAAUUUUGUAUCAUUCUGUGUGUGUGUCAGUCACAAGAUUUCUGAAGAUUUUCAGAUUCAUGUCCCAUACAGAACAAAUGAAAUGGCAAAACCCAACAGUUUUUUGUUAUCAAACUUGAGUCUUUCAAACAUGUGUUUUUCUACUUCUUCUUUUAUAAAAAGAAAAUUUAAUACCGGUAUGUGGAAUUUUGACCAUAAACUCAAGUAAAUACCCGGUAAAGUACUUUUGUUUAAAAAAUUAUAAAUGAAUUGGGUAACUGAAAUUGAAAUUUUUGAGAUUGUUAUUUUUUCUUCAAUUACUGGUACAGAAAUAUUGUUUGCAUAUCCACAUUUAUUGUAUUUCUGAUAUGAAAAUCCUGACCCACACUUUGAAAUUGGAGCAAGCACAAGAAAAUGUAAUAUUUCAGUUAAAUCACAAUGUAACAAGAGAGAUUGUUGCUUGUUGUAACAGGAACACUUGAUUAGUUUGAUAUAGUGUAUUAUAAUUUAUUGAUAUGUUGGCAUGACAACAAUAAAAACAGAAUUCAA